ACCCCAUUUUGCAUUGGAUAAACGGUGUAAAGGCCUCCUUUUCCUUGACCUCAUCUGCCUCUUUUUUCUACUUCCUUGUAUGGGGUUCCAUUUAGCCUGAGUAGGGCUUUUAUUACUGGGUGGAAAUUUUGAAGAUGGUGAAGAGAAUUUAUUGUUUUGAAUGGAUAAUUGCUCUAGGGUUUCUUCUACUUGUUGCCGUUGUUUCCUCCAAGAAUCAUGGAAAUCAAGCAAACGAUCUUGUUGACUUGAUUAACAAAAACCGAACAUCAAAAAGACUUCCCCAACUAAACAACAGCCCGGGUCUCGGCUGCAUGGCCAUGCAAUACAUAAAGGAAUGUCGAUUCAACUGCAGUCAAGUCAACACAGUCAACUGUAAACCUUCCGAAGACGAUUUCACAGAAAUAUUCGCUCCAAAUUGUGGGGUCGAGCUUCCGACAUUUGGCACCAUCUCAGGACUCAUCGUGGGGUGUCACCAGAAACAUCUAGACCCCCCGGAAGCCUUCCAGAAUGUUCUUGUACACGAUAAUGGAACACUGUCGAUUUUAAGAAAUAGAACACAUAGGGAAGUUGGAGUCGGGAUUAUCCGUGCAAAAAGACAUAAAGGCCCCUACUUAUGGUGUGCUUUGUUUGGAAGCAACGAGAGAAAUUCGACAUUUGUCCUUGAAGAUCUUGGCAAAGGGAUUGAACAGAAGGAAGGGUGUUAUAGUGGGAGCGGGAGUUCUUGUAGCUCGGGAGGGAGAAAUGGUAGUUUUGUUUUUCGGAUGAAUGGUGUUUGGUUGUUGAUUUUUUGUAUUUUUGUAUUAAGUAGUACUGGGUUCUUUUGAAAAUGCCAAGUCUUGGAGAAUUU